UUGCCGAGUUCGUACGUUGGCCUUGCUCCGUUUACUGUCAUUUAUAAAUGAUUGUGUCGUGAUUCGAAACCAAAAGUGACAAUGUGGCGCUCAAUAGGCUUCGUCGCACUAAACAUACUCACAGUACUAGGUCGAGAUGUGUCCGAGGUGCUUAAAGAAAGAAAAAAUCUUCUAGAAACAGAAAUGAGUAUGAUGCUCGGCAGAGAUAUAAUUCUCAGCGACAGUGAAAUUAAAGCGAAUGAAAUCAUAAUGAAUUUAAAGUACGAAGUAAUUGACAACGGCUGCAGAGACCCGGGAGUGUUCAAUCUGUCGAAGCACUUCUUCGAAUACAAAGAAGAGAUAAAGAAGACUACAUUGUAUAAAAUUAUUAAAGCGAUGCCUAAAGGUGCAGUUCUUCAUGCUCAUGACACAGCAUUGCUCGAUGCAGAUUACAUUCUCGAGCUGACGUAUCUUCCUGAUUUAUACGUAUGUUUCCAAGAAGAAUACCCGUUAUUUCUCUUCUCUGAAGAUAAACCACGAUCUACCUGCGACACUCGAUGGCAGCUUUUGAAAGAAGCCAGAUAUUCCUCGGGAAAUGUUGAAAAAUUUGACGCGGAACUUCGUAAGCAUUUCACCAUAGAAGUGGACAACCCAAAAGCAGUUUACUCUAACAUCAACACAGUUUGGAAUAAAUUCCAGCAGGUCUUCAUCAUCACCGAACCUUUGUUCAGCUACAAACCUGUAUGGGAGAAAUACUUCUACGACAGUCUGAAGAAGUUUAGAGAAGAUAACGUAAUGUACAUUGAAAUAAGAAGUGUUUUGCCUCAAUUAUACGAUUUGGAAGGAAACAUAUAUGACAUCAAAGACACUGCAGUGAGUUAUAAAAACGUCCUGGAUCAGUUUAAGAAGGACUACCCAGAUUUCUUCGGAGCCAAGCUUAUAUACGCUCCGUUGAAAUUCGUGAAUGAUAUUAGUGAGUACAUAAAAACUGCUAAGGAGUUAAAGAAUAUGUUGCCGACCUUCUUUGCUGGGUUUGAUCUGGUCGGCCAGGAGGAUACGAUGGUACCAUUGAAAAAGUAUAUGCGUGAAUUAGUAGAAGCAGAAAAGGAUUUGGAUUUCUUCCUUCACGCUGGUGAGACGAACUGGUACGGAACAGAUUCUGAUGAGAAUAUAGCUGAUGCUAUCGUCCUGAACACUAAAAGAAUUGGUCACGCAUUUGCUUUAACUAAGCAUCCUUUACUUCUUAAGGAAGUGAAGAAGAGAAAUAUAGCUAUAGAAGUGAAUGUUAUUUCGAAUAACGUCCUGAAAUUGGUUGAUGACGUGAGGAACCAUCCUUUGGCUACUUUCUUGGCAAUAGACGCGCCUGUAGUGAUUUCAUGUGACGAUCCUGGACUUUGGGGGGCAGAGCCCUUGACCCACGAUUUCUACGUGGCUUUCGUUGGUGUGGCUAGCAAACAUGCCGAUCUUAGAGUUUUGAAGAAAUUGGCUUUAAAUUCUUUGUACUACAGCACAAUUUACGAUAAAGAUAAGUUGGUACAUGAGUUUGAUAUACGCUGGACUAAAUUCAUUGACAGCAUUGUUCGAGAUGUAAACGCGAGUUCGUAGUUGGCGUUUGAAUUAAGUAUAUUUUCUAUUUACAAUGUCGAAGGUGAAUAUGCCUAUUGUGUGAUCUGUAAGGUGCAUUUGUCAACAAAAGUUCGGACUUUGGACACGAUAAAUGCUUGGCUGACAAGACUUCUUGUCAAUCUACUUAGAUUUAUGACUUGGGUCGUCCGUUAUUAUACUGGUAUUAUUAACAGUUAUAUUCCUAACAGCUGAUGGUAGCAUAUAACAACCAUGUUCAUUUAUUUAAGAACUAUGUGUCCAUAAGUAAAGUGGUAUAUUUUGGUCCAUGGCAGUUUUUAUCAAUAAAUCAACAAGCUAAAGUGGGACUGGGCUGGACACGUGUGCCAAAUGCAUCCGGAACGAUGGGCAAAGAUCAUCACGCACUGGGUACCACGGGACGGACACCGUAGACGUGGUAGACCCCGGAAACGAUGGCGCGAUGAUCUCGACGGUUAUCGAAAAGACUGGAUAGAGCUCGCACAGAACCGGGGUACUUGGAAAGACAUGGGGGAGGCCUUUGCUCAGCAGUCAUAAUUUUAAUCAAAAAAAAGGCAUACGCCACGCUUUCUCAUUAUUACAUUUAAAGAACUUACUUACACAAAAGAAAUCUUUACCAUUCACCUAGGUGCUUACUUAAUUAUAAUAGAA